CAAACCAACAAGUACAACAAGAAAUAAUGGAAAAACGGGAAACAAAACUUCUCAUCCUCUUUCUAUAGCCUUCGAGAAGAAACUCGAAGCUGUACAAAAAACAUACUCUCAGGAGCUCUAGAGGCAAAGAAAUAAAGGAGGAAGUAAAAAACGAGAAACAUUCCGAGUGUGAUUUCUCCCUCUCCAGAAUCCAGUAUUUACCCCAAAAAACUAGAAAAGGAAAUGAGCCGAGCAAGUCGAACACUUUACGUUGGCAAUCUCCCCGGCGAUAUUCGUGUGAGGGAAGUUGAAGAUUUGUUUUAUAAGUAUGGGCCCAUUGUUGACAUUGAUUUGAAAAUCCCACCGAGACCUCCAGGCUAUGCAUUUGUUGAGUUUGAAGAUGCUCAUGAUGCUAAAUAUGCAAUUCGCGGUCUGGAUGGAUAUAAUUUUGAUGGUUGUCGAUUACGAGUUGAGCUUGCUCAUGGUGGGCGAAGACAUUCAUCACCAGUGGAUCGUUAUAGCAGUUACAGUGGUAGCAGUGGUAGCCGUGGGCCUCCCAAGCACUCUGACUAUCGUGUUUUAGUCUCUGGAUUGCCUUCUUCUGCUUCAUGGCAAGACUUAAAGGAUCAUAUGCGUCGAGCUGGGGAUGUCUGCUUUUCUCAAGUCUUUCGCGACCAUGGUGGCAUGACAGGAAUUGUAGACUACACGAACUAUGAUGACAUGAAAUAUGCUAUCAAGAAGCUUGAUGACUCUGAGUUCCGGAAUGCAUUUUCUCGGGCAUAUAUUCGGGUGCGGGAGUAUGAUUCUAGACGGAGUUACUCUAGGAGCCCCAGUUGCAGUUCACAUGUAUCAAGAAGCCGGAGUCGCAGUCGCAGUCACGGUCGAAGCUAUAGUGACAGGAGCCGGAGGUCCACACCGCCCAAGUCUCCAAGGGCAAAAUAUUCACGGCGUUCUCGAUCUGUAUCUGUUUCCUCUCGUUCUCGUGCAGGAUCAUCUCCACGAGCUUUGUCGAGUGAUCUGGCCACCUGGGGAUUGGAUGUUAAGGACUUGAGGGGAUGUGGUGGGUCGUAUGCGUGCACCUCUUUGCAUGUUUUGAGAUCCCGUUCAAGAUCAAGAUCUCCAGUUGAUUCUCGGCCUCGCAGCAAACAAGACUAUAGAACCCCAAGCAGAAGCCCCGCUCGUUUAUCUCAGCCCCGUUCGCCUUCUGUGAGAUCUGAUAGAAGUCGUUCAGUAGACUCCAUGGAUCGUUGAAGAGUGUCUUGCUCUCCUGAUCGUGGAACGUUUUUAGUGAACUCUACACCUAUAAAGCUAGAUAUGCCUCGGUUGAUGGUUUGGACUAUGAUCAACUUACUAAUCUUAUUUGAUACUGAAUUUAAAGUUAGUGACUUUUUUUUUCCCGAUAUUGCUUUUGUCAGGAUGUAUAUGGACGGUGCUGGGAUGAUCUUAUUUCAUAGCUCUCGAGGUUUUUUAGGCUUUGUUUUUUUAUUAUUAUUGCGGUGUGGUGGGGUUUGUAUUUUGUCCGGAUUAUAUAUUUGAAAGUCUUUCUAGUUUUGUAAAACUUUCUGGAUUAAAAAAAAAUAUAUAUAAUUUGUAUAUUUGAUAAAAUUUAUUUUAUUUUAAAA